GGGGGGAAGGGGGCGGGGCGAUAACCUUCCGCCAUUUACUGACUUGGGCGUCUCGCAAAUUCGAUGCAGCUUCAGCAGUACAAACAGAGCAAGGAAGAGGAUGCUUUUGCUCAGGCUCACGCUGUGAAAAUUAGUUGCCAGCUGUUUAAUUCUGCAGAAAGACUUGGCCAAAUCGGGAGUCAUGGAUUGCUACAGCUUCACCGAUGAAAGCUCUCUCCAAACUGAAAUGCAUCUGCCUUUGCUAUCAGACAGUGAGUUGCCCAUUGCAAGUAAUAUCCAGAGACAAGAAUUCAUCUCAGACCCUGAUGAUAUUAUUUAUGCAGGAAUGACAAGUAUAGAACUUGAUUCUAACCUGGAGGCUGCAGAAAUUCCUGGCGAUCCAUUUGCUGACAAUGUAGAUCUAUCCCUGUAUACUGUAGAUAAGGGAUGUGACUCCCCAAAGAUUCCCAGUGACUCCACGGACACAGAUUCUCCACCCAUGUUGCUAGGCAUCAGUCCUCUCCCUCAAAAGAAUACCCCUGAGAAAUGCGCAAGUAAAAGUGAAGGGAAAUACGGAGGGCUGCAGAAGAGAAGGCGUCUCUCCACGAGGCAUUCUCCACAGCAAGCAUUCCAGGAGUGUAGCCAGUGCGGAAAGUCAUUCAGCAGUGCCAGUGCCCUGAGCAAACACUACCUGACGCAUAGUCAUGAACGUCGGCAUGUCUGCAGGAUCUGCAAUAAGGCCUUUAAGAGACAGGACCACUUAUCUGGACAUUUGUUAACGCACCAAAAAAAUAAACCUUAUGUUUGUAUGGAACACGGAUGCGACAAGAGUUAUUGUGACUCCCGAUCCUUACGACGUCACUAUGAAGUCCAGCAUGGCUUGUAUUGUCAGAGGGAGCCCUUUGCUGACAGCAGCUCCAAAGAUGUGGAUUCAACAGAGAGCAUGCUGUACCUACAGAGUGGACAUACUCAGACCCUUCAGUGUGAAAUGGGAAUGGCACAGAGGCCUACAUCACAAGUUGAGUCUCUUUCUCAAAGAUCCUCGGUGCCUAACCGAGAACUGCUGAGGCCCCUAACAAGCAGCUUAAGCCAAAAAAUACCAUGUGAAACUGGAACCAGUGGAAGCAAAAUCACCUUGCACUAUCCCACACAAACCCACCGUACAGCAAGUGUGCUUACUAGUCCAAGUAUUUGUUUGUCAGAAAGGUCAGGAACUGUUAGACAAGCCAAAUAUAGCAUAAUGCAAAGAGAGCAUUCUUCUGGCUUGAACUGUAACAUGUCUGAUCCAUACAACAGAGUAAACCCUCCUCAUUUUUCUGCAGCAGACCCCAGUGCCUCUUGUGUAGAAAGUCUAGAUUCUUACAUUACGGAUUCAGUGAUUCCUGGUAGACCCUCACAGCCUGCACAGUAUACUUUGGAGUCAUCAAGACCGGCAAGUUGGCCACAAGCUGUGAGCACAAAUCAUACAUUAUCAAGAAAUGAAACUGUUUCCACCAAGCAACAACCAAGUCAAGAUCUUGUGUGGACCAACAACUUGGCAACUUAUAGUGGCAGCAAAGGAAGUUAUUCUUAUAUUGUCCCCAAUUCCCAGCCUCCUGAAGAGGUGUCUGCCACGUUUUCCAGUGGUGCUUUGCAUAAACUUGACUCAUUUGCCCAGGCAUUUACAAGACAGAAUUUGGAUAUUCAGUCAAAUUCCUCUGUUGCAAAGACCCAGGGUGAAAAUUCAGCAGUGUCUGAAUUUGAUGCUUGUGGAAAUGUCUUCAGACAGCUUUUGAGUUACAAAGCUAAUCUGAACCAGUGGCAAGCCUUUCCUGAACAGAAGCAUCAAAUACUGCAGGAACAGUACUCUCUGCACCAGCAACAUCAACAGCAGAUAGCAACUUCACUCUUUACACAGGUCUACAUGGGAGAUCAGGAGGCCUCCCCAAUGCAGAACCAAGACCAAUUUCAAAACCAUAUGCUCCAGCUGAUCUCUGACACUCAAUACAAUCUGUCUCAAUCCCAGAAUUCGUGCCAACUCUCCAAGAACAUUCUCCCUUGCUAUCCACAAGAGACAGAAAGUACAGAGGAGCAGACAGGACCUGGUUUGCAGUCUGCGUUAAGAGGUAAAUCCAGUAAGAGUGUGUCAGUUUCUCGAAAGGAGCGACAGAAGUUAGAUCCCAAUUGCACUGCUCCUCCUAGUCAGGUGGCUAUGAACUCCUUUUCUGUUCAGAAUUCUUUGACGAGGAGUAUGGAAGACUGUCUUCAGGAAGCAUCUUUUCAUGCUAGUGUCCAGUCGGCGUGUGGGCCUGACACGUCAGUGUGUAAAAUGAUGCGCAAUGACAUCGAGUGUGCGUCCAUACGUCGUCGCGAUGUUUCGUUGAGUGGGCGCACACCGGAGUCGGUUACGCGCCCACCAAUAACUGAUAGGUCUAUUAAGGCCAUCGACGAAUUAAUUAAUGUGACUGACAAUGGAAUGGAGAAAAUGGAGCAUGGUGGAUUGUUCUUUCAGUACCUGGAGGAUAAACUCAGUGCUCUUCUGCUCAAGAAGCCAUUAGAGGAAAGUGUGGCGAUGCCUCUAGUGAUUCCAGUCUCUGUACCUGUGAAAUCUACUGGACCCAAGAAAGAUGGCAAACCAGGGAAAUCUGAAAAUUCACCGGUUACACCAAGGAAGUCGAUCACAACAAGGCUGACUGAUUUAGUAGUGACCUCAAAUGACAGCUCUGCCCAGGUCACGGAAACUGGCAAACAAGCAAACGUAAAUUGUAGAGGCCACUCCAAAAAGCAACGAAGGAAGCGAUCUCGUCCAGAACCCCUGUUUAUCCCGACUCCAGCAUCAAAUCAAACUGGGGUGCUGCCAGGGAUGGUGCUGUACCAGAGCCAUAUGCGUUCCCCCGUAUGCUUAGCUGAUCAUCUUCUAGAGAAAAAUUUUCAACCUCCGCCAUACACGCCUCCCCCGAUGUUAAGUCCCAUUCGUCAUGGCUCAGGGCUUUACUUUAACAGGAUCUGUUCUUUGCCAGGGAGCAAGGGACCGCACAAUACAUACGCUCCUAAAGGAAUCCUGGGCAAUGGUGUAGAUGGAAUUUGUGGCAUCUCUGUGGUUAAAGAUGACUCCAUAGUUUCCAUAGAACCGCACAUUAACAUUGGGACACGGUUCCAGGCAGAGAUUCCAUUACUGCAAGACAAGUCAUUGGUUGAUGAUAGUGUUCACCAAGCAGAUCUAGUGUGGAAACCAUGGGAGGACAUUGAAACCAAUAAAGUCACUCAGGCGAGAGUGACGGACCUGCUGAACUUAGCUUGUUCAAGUGUGCUGCCUGGAGGAGGUACAAAUCUGGAACUAGCUCUGCAUUGCCUGCACGACACUCAAGGAGACAUUUUGGCUGCCCUGGAUAUGUUAUUAAUAAAAGGUGUGAGGCGAGACCCUUGUCACCCUCUGGGAGAUUACCACUACACUGGUACUGAGAAGUGGACUACUGCAGAGAAAAAGAUGUUCAAUAAAGCAAUUUGCUUUCACAACAAGGAUUUCUUUCUCAUGCAGAAGAUGAUAAAACACAAGACUGUGGCACAGUGUGUCGAAUAUUACUACACCUGGAAGAAACAGCUAAAAUUUGAGUGGAAAAGAACACACUUGCUUGAGGAAGAGGAGAUAAAGCAUGAGGCAGACAGUCCCGGUGAUGGAAAAGAAAUAAAAAAGCUGACAAGUGAGAGCCGAGAAAAACUAAAGAAGAAAAUUACACGGGCUAAGCCGAGCUCUUCUCCAUCAGUUCACUGUCAGACAGGAGUCCAGAACAAGAAUGAGAAAAAAUUUACCUUGGGAAAUUUCCCAUGUAAAGAAUGCACAAAAGUGUUUGACAAAGUGAAAAGUCGAAAUGCUCACAUGAAAUGCCACAGGCAGCAGGAGGAGCAAGAAAGACAGGCAGAGAUGAAACGAUCGAGGAUACGUUUGAAAGUUGAGCCAAAGGAGGAACCAGAGGAGACCAGUCUGGUCUUCACAUCUAACAAUCUGUCAAACAUUACGACACUAUAAAGACGUUUCCAGCAUCUUGUGAUUAGCAGAGGUAGAAAGAAGGCGAUGGGGAGAGCAUGGAGCGGUAGUCUGAGUUUUGGAUUGUACAAAGAGCUAGCACAGAGACAGGGCCAGUUGGCCCUGUACUGUAAAUAU